AAUAGAUUCUGUCUAUGCUCUUUGGUCAGGGAACAGAAAUCUUCAAUUUUUCGUGUAAUUGUGCUAAGGUAACGUUACAUUGGUAGUCGCCGUGGUCGUUGUUGCAUUAUACGAAGUCUACGGAAUACUUGCUGAUUACAUACAUAGAUAUUCGACAACAAUGUUUGGCUUGCUGCUCACAUUGCUGGGCUGGGUAGGGUUAAGCCCAGUGCCCUUCCUGGCUGGAGUUCUUGGGGCCACUGAACCAGCACUUAAGCUAUUGAUAUCGAUAUUGUUAGCAUACCCACUUGCAAUUGUUUAUCACAAGCAUGUACGGCAGCAUGUUGAAUACAGGAAUCUGUAUUUCAUAGCAACAGGGUUAGACAUGGCUUAUUAUAACUUUGGUUUCUCCAUGUACCACAACGCCAUACCAGCUAUAGUAAUUUAUCUAACGACCAAGUUCCUCGGCCCAGGAAAGAAUAACACGAUAAUCACUUUUGCAUUCAACAUGACGUACCUGGUUGCCGGCUAUGUGGUGACCGAGUCGGAAGAUUAUGAUAUAACUUGGACCAUGCCCCACUGCGUGCUGACCCUGAAGUUGAUUGCUUUAUCCUUUGACUUAUGGGAUGGAAAGAAGAUGUUAAAAGGACAGGAAUUGUCAGCAAACAAUAAGCUCACAGCCCUUGAGAGUUCACCUACAUUUUUGGAGCUGAUUGGUUUUGUAUACUUCCCAGCGUGUUUCUUAGUCGGCCCUAUGUUUUCGUUCAGGCGUUAUAAAGACUAUAUCACCGACAAAUUUCCUUUGGAUAAAGAAAAAGACGUUUAUGAAGCUCAAGCCAUCAAGCGGCUUAUUCAAGGAUUGGUAUAUUUGAUUGCUUAUCAAGUUGGAGUUACUGUCUUCAGUAUGAAGUAUAUGAUGUCCGACGAAUUUAGGGAAACUUCCGUAUUCUAUCGUCACUUCUACUGUGGACUUUGGGCUCAUUUUGCUUUAUACAAAUACAUUUCCUGCUGGCUGCUCACUGAAGCAUCGUGCAUACGAUUUGGGCUAUCUUACAACGGAGUGGAGACCAAACGUUACCCUCAGGUGAGCAAGUGGGAUGGCUGCAACAACAUCAAGCUGCUGCGGUUCGAGGGCGCCACCAGGUUCCAGCACUACAUCGACAGCUUCAACUGCAACACCAACUACUUCGCUGCCGAAUACGUGUACAAACGACUCCGCUUCCUCGGUAACCGCAACCUCAGCCAGCUAAUCACGCUCGCGUUCCUUGCACUGUGGCACGGCACACAGUCUGGAUAUUACAUGACAUUCUUCAAUGAAUUCAUUAUCAUGGUGAUGGAGAAAGAUGUCGAAGUUAUGCUGACCAAAACACAGUUCUAUCAUAAGAUGUGGGAUAACACAAUCCUCAAGUAUCUAUUGUACAUUAUUCUUAAAACUUACACUAUAGUGUUUAUGGGCUGGAGUUUGGCGCCAUUUGACGCCAAGAGUUUUUCGAAAUGGUGGUCCAUAUACCACAGUUUAUACUACUCAGGAUUUGUCUUGUUCUUGCCUUGGGCUUUUGUCUAUAAACCGCUACUCAAAUCAGGCUUAAAAUCUUUAGAAAAAGGGACGAAUCAUCAACAAUAAAUCAAAAACUCGAUAAUUUUAAGAAUGAUAGGUUUAAUCAGUAAUAACAAUGCGUUAGUGUCUUUUCACAAGCUCUGGUUGCCGGGUAAUUAGUGCCGGGCAUCCGGCGGCGAAUAUUAACGCAUGCACAUGGCCGUGCACGUCGGGUCAGCACGGGUUACCCGGAAACUGGAGCAUGUUAAAAGCUCCUUUUGGACUAGUGUUCUUUGUGCUGCUGUUCCACAAGGUACCAAAAUGGCGUAAUACAGUGUAAUCAACAAUAAAAGCUUUAUUUUAUUGUUUACAGUCUAAAUUUAUAGUAGUAGGUAUACUGAAAUUAGACUACCGUGUCACGGUUUUACACUGUGUUGCUCGAUUUCGGGGCCGUCUAUAUCAUAUCUAUACCUAUUAUAUGGAUAAAUUAAUUGCCUUAUAUCUCAUGUGGGGUAAUUAAUUUGUUUGAUUUUUUUGCAUUUAGCAUAAUAUUGAUGGUUCAAAGAGUCGCAUGUCGUACAUAAAUAACAAAAAAAAUGCCUAAGUACAAUUUGAAGUUAGAUUUUGCGCACGACUAGACUAUGUAGGUACUGUCCAUAAGACUCCAAUGAUUUUCCGACUGAUGCUUAUGUUGAUGUUUACACAUUUUAUCUUAUAGCGCCUCUAUAAAUUUUUGGCCUGAUUACCAAAAUACUGGUCAGCAAAAUAUGGUAGCGUAAGUCGUAAGUCAAUUCCUUGAGACUAUAUUCAGUCACCAAAAAUAUAAUUAUGUUUGGAUCAAAACUAAUAUAUACAUAAAUAAAUAAACUUAAUUACCUACAUAAUAAUUAAUAUGUUCUACAAAAUUUAAGACCAAUGGUGAUAAUUUCUUCCUCGUUGGAAACCACGAGUCCGAUUUGAGUGUUCAACUUUUUUAAAGAAAUGUUAAUAUCGCCGAAACAAUUUAAAUAAGUAUAUUCAAUAGUUUCAUAGAUUCUCCAUAAUGACUAAGGCAGAUAUUACUUGUUUAUCUGGGUAUCUUGACAAUAAUUUUGAUGGAAUUCCUAGCUAGACUGUUUAUUACUGCCGCAGUGAUACAGAACCCGGCUUCAAAUAUUGCAUAUCAAGCGUUGGAAGAAUAAUAAAAGGCUGUCAUUUUCCCAAAAAUUUUAUAUGCAAUGUUUAUCGCUGAGCACUGUUACAUAGUAGUAGCCAUAGUAAAGUAACUUAUCUUUGCCUGUAUUGCGUGUGUCUUAAAGGUAAAUUACUGACACUGCCGCUGAAUAAGCCUUUGCGAAGUUAAUAAUUAUUCACAGUCCACUGAUUUGCCGGAGAUUCUAAAAUUAGAUUGUAAAUGAUUAAAUUUAAUAUUUGACACCUAGGACUCACCUAGUAUUAUAAAGAAAAUCAUAUUGGACUUGGAAAUUCACAGCUUGCAUUUAGUGAACUGCUUACCUACUCAACAUGGAUGCUUAUUGAUAUUUUUAACUGGUAUGUAUUUUUAUACCAAGUUCGAUCGAUAGUACAUGUCGAACUAUAUAAAAUAAAUCAUUUCGCACAAUUCCUAUUCCUUGUCAAUUUGUAUUAAUUAUUAGAAUACAACAUGUAUUUUUUCAAUUUCUUUGCUCAAAAUUGAUAGCUUUUAAUUUUUCUAUACUAUUAAGUAGUGCCUACCUCUUUGUCAAUUUAGUUUUUUGAACAUACUAUUGAACAUUUCCGUUCUCAUUAAUAAUCUUUAUAAAUUAAGCUAAUCUCUAAUCGCCUUAAAAAAUUUAUGGAAAAUCUUCAUCAGUUAUAUACAGCAUGACUUACUCUAUAUUCAGUUCAAUGCGAUGCCCGGAACCCAGACAGAUGUCAUAUUGAUGUGGGACCAAUUUUGAAGUAUUAAACAAGAAUACCUUCAAAAGCGUACUGUUGAUUCUAAAAUACGUAUCGUAUAAUGGGCAUCGAGUUGUUCUCUAUGUAAAUUAAAUAUUCAGUGUCCUGUCUCUUUAAUCAUUAAUUUAUUUACGAAUUUCCUAAUAUGUAUUUGGUAUUCCUAAUUUAUUUAAAGAGAACCGUGUUUAUUCUAACCCUUUUGUGAUUUGGUUUAUUACAGAGCGGAAUGUUCAAUUAGAAUGUAUUUCCAUAUCGAUAAAUACGAUUUGGUAAAAAUUUCUUUCAUUUAAUUUACCAUAUUUAUUCAUAUAAAAUUCAACCCACGAAAAUGACAUUCUGAUACUUUUAUCUCUGAUCUAUCUGAUACUCUAAUCUAAUACUUUUAAAUGAAAAUUCAUUUAUAUGUAUAGAAUUAUGUAGGUAUAGAAACACAUUAUCUCAGAAACGGCUCCAACAAUUUCGGUGUAAGACGUUAGGCUCUUCCUAGAACACUUGACUCGUAAAAUAAAGGGAAACGUGGUUCUUGCAUUGUAUUGCAAAUAUAUCCUUUCGGCAAUUGAAAAACUUGACACUAUCUUAGUAUGUCCUAACACAUAGAUACCUACUUAUUAAUAUUUUCUGAUAAAGUUAGAAUUUCAAAUGAGUUUUUGACUGAUUACCACAAAUGACUCAUUUGUUAUCGAACAUAGGUAUUUUCGAUUGAAUACGGAUCAUUAAAAAUGUCCAUUAUGCUUUAGGUAGGUACUCGAUUUUAUUGAGAGAACCAUUAUCCAACAAUGUUGAUUGCCUAUAGAAGAAUUGAAAACAGAUUCUUGGAUGUUGAAUAAAUAAAUAAUGGUGUAAUAUUGUACGGCGUGUCUCCUUGAGAUUUAUACGUGAAAGGGUCGCCUCGGGACAAGUGUAAGUUCAACCCUAUUUAAAUUGAGUGUCCAUAUCUCCGAAAAAUUAUGUGCCUCCUUCUCCCAUUAAUUAAAUACAAAUUAUUUCCUAGGAAUAGGAUUCAUUUUAAUUUGAUCAGUACUGGAAUUUGCACGGCUUUACAUUUGUAUGGCUUUUGUCAUAGACUGACAGGUAUCAGUCGAUUGCGUGUCUUAUGCAUCGGUCAUCGUCUUCUCAUUAUUCAUCAUUGAAUAAAGUUAACAUUUAGAUAUUAAUAUAUUAUUGUCCAACUAUCUCUUCUCUUUCCAAUGAUCAUAAUAAUUAAAUGUAAAAACAUUAAUCCCUUAUUAUUCUCAAUUAAAGUUAUAAAAACAAGUUGAUCAAUUAUCAUAAAGCGCCUGUUUCACCAUCGUAUUCGAAAAUCUUAUAUAGAUGUGACAAAUAGGUCGUACAAAUUACGUGAAACAGGCUCUAAGAGUAAGUGUAAGUUAUUGUAUUCUUCAGUUUGCUGUUAAGUAUUUUCUCAUGAUAAAAUGUUUCCUAUCUCUUAUCUGACAAGCGAAGUAGCAAGUAAGUUCCGUCGGAUGCCUAGCCUACAGAUUUAUAACUUGUGCUCUUAUAAACCGUUUGGAUUAAUUGUAGGUUAGAGACUAGUCUGAUAAAUAUAAUUAUAGUAUAUAUGAAUAAAAACAAUUCAACCUAAAUAGUGGAAAAGGGCUGUAAUAGUUGUAGCCUUAUUUUUACGAUUGUUGCUUAGUUAGUAGUAAAAUAUACCUUACAAUGCCGAUUCAGCCUCAUCAAUGCAAUAUGUCCACUCUUAUAUGUUGCUACAUAUUACAAACAUACAUAUUUACUUAGAUAAAAAAUAGCUAUAAUUUAUUCAAUUGGUGCAAAGUGUUCUGUUACUCGAAAGUUCAUUGUGCAACAUAUUUAUAGAAAUAUUAAUAUAAUCUGCCCAAUACAUGUUUAGAAUUAAUGAAAGGAACUACAUUAAUGUAUAACAAGUUUACAAUUGCAAUUUUUAUCUUACACAAACAAAACACUACAUUAUAAAAAAAACAAUUUCUAGGUAAAGUGUGAAUAUGACAUUUAAUCAUAAACAGUACACUACCUUAAGAUUUGCACUUUCUUUACAGUGCUUGCCUGAAACCCGAUUAUAUAAAUACCAGUAAGACAUAUGUAAUUAAAUUGUUUGGUUUUAUAAUUUAUUUUUCGUUCACAUUGUGCCUAUUAUAUAUUUUUUUUCUUACAAAUACAAUAAAUAUUUUUAAUUUCAUUGUGAUUUCAUGUACCUUUUAAUUUCUAUUUUCGAAUGGUAAAUAUAAAUAUAUGUAGAUAUUUAUCUAAUACGUGCAUAAGAAGUAAGUGUUAAUUAUUAGAUAUUAUUUAGGCCAAUGAACGGGUACCUAUUUUGGAAGUUGUAAUUUCUUUUGGGGUUAAUUAAAAUGACAAUGUUGUUAUUAUAUUAACUACCUAAAUGACGUCCACCACUUAACAUAGGAUUCACUGGAAGAUGGAAAUAUCGAUUUUGAACAUAAUUAUAAAAACUUUCCCCCAUAGAAUGUUUUGCAAAGUAUAUGUAUAUUGAUAUAUAAGUAUGUGCAUUAUACUAAUCUUUUGAUUAAAAAUUUUAUUUAUUUUAAAUCAACAAAACAAUUGACUAUUUGAGUAAUAGGUAUAUUUCAAUUGAUUUACAAUCAACGGGGUUGAUAAUAACAGUGUUUUCUUAUUGGUGAGUUAUUGCCAGGUUCACAAGGACUGAUGAGUUAGCUGGUUUUGCUUGUCUUUGUCUAAAAAAUCUAAUAUCAAGAUAUAACUUAUUUGAUCAAAUGUAAAAUACCAUUGUCAGAUCAUAGUGGGUUGAUCGUAUUGUUAAAUUAGUAUUGUCAUUUCCGAAUGUAUGCGAAGAUUUUAAAUGUUAUUGUAAUUAAUAAAUCACGUAGAUAUAUAGAUAGAACAAUUUACAAGUCGAAUACCAUGAAACCACGUUUAUUUAAUCAUGAAAAGUUAUAUUAUAAAGAGAA